AUGAGGUACCGAGGCAGGGUAAGAUCCUUAUCCCCUCUCUACAUGCUGAAACAUGUCAUUGAUGUCUGUUUGUGUGUGUGUGUGUGUGUGUGUGUGUGUGUUGCAGAACACACAGAGCAGAUGUGUACAGAACAUACUAUGUGUAUGUGAACUACACUACCAGUCGAAAGCUUGGACACACCUACUCAUUCAAAGGUUUUUCUUUAUUUUUACUAUUUUUUAUGUUGUAGAAUAAUAGUGAAGACAUCAAAACUAUUAAAUAACACAUAUGGAAUCAUGUAGUAACUAAAAAAGUGUUAAACAAAUCAAAAUAUAUUUUAUAUUUGUCACGCCCUGACAUAGUGAUUUCUAGUUGGUUUGGUCAGGGUGUGAAUAUCUAUGUGUAGAUCUAGUAUGUUUAGAUCUAUGUUGGCCGGGUGUGGUUCCCAAUCAGAGGCAGCUGUUGAUCGUUGUCUCUGAUUGGGGAUCAUACUUAGGCAGCCAUUUUGCCUACCUUUAGUUGUGGGAUCUUGUUUCUGUGUGUUUGGCUUGUUUGAUGUAUAGCCUUUAGAACUUCACGUUCAGUUGCUUUGUUAUUUUGUCGAGUGUUUCUUAUUAACAUUAAACAUGUACGUAUACCAUGCUGCACCUUGGUCCAAUCCUUUACUCAACGAACGUGACAGAAGAUCCCACCACCAAGGGACCAAGCAGCGUGAACAGGAAGAGCAGACAACAUGGACAUGGGAGGAUAUUUUGGACGGUAAGGGAUCCUGGACUUGGGAAGAGAUCCAGGCAGGUAUGGAUCGCCUUCCUUGGGAGCAGACGGCGACAGCGAGAAAGGAUAAACGGCGAAUCCGAAGUGCACAACGACGAAGGAGGCCCGAGAGGCAACCCCAAGACAAUUUUUUGGGAGGGCACACGGGGUGGUCGACGAAGCAGCAGGAGGCCGUGAAAAGGCUGACUGUGGAGGAGGAGGAGGCCGCUAUAGUAGAGGCCCUCCAAGACCUGCAGCUCAGCAGUCUGAGAGAGGAGACCACCACAUUGCGGGGGCUGUUAGCUCAGAGGGAGCAGGAGUUCUCCCUUCAGAGGGAGGCGCUACAGGAGGCUCACAGGAAGAAGGAGUCAGUGGAUGCACUGAGAGAGGAGUUGGCCAGGCAACAGGAGAAGCUGAGAGAGGAGUUAACCCUUCAGCAGCAGAGAGCUCAGUACUUAGAGCAGAGGCUGGCGAAGCCAGGUUGCAGAGCAGAGCCAACUCCCCGCACUCGCUUUGAGGAGCGUGUGAACGUGCAGGCACCAGGCUAUGCGCCGGCGUUGCGCACUGUGCCGCCAGGGCGCCUUCACAGACCCGUGGUGCGUGUCCCCAGUCCGGUACGGCCCGUGCCUGCUCCUCGCACCAAACCAGUGGUGCGUGUCUCCAGUCCGGUACGGCCCGUGCCUGCUCCUCGCACCAAACCAGUGGUGCGUGUCUCCAGCCAUGUACGGCCCGUGCCAGCUCCUCGCACUAAACCAGUGGUGUGUGUCACCAGCCCGGUGCGCCCCAUACCUGCUUCCCGCACCAAACCAGUGGUGCGUGUCUCCAGUCCUGUACGGCCCGUUCCUGCUCCACGCACCAAACCAGUGGUGCGUGUCUCCAGCCAUGUACGGCCCGUUCCUGCUCCACGCACCAAACCAGUGGUGCGUGUCGCCAGCCCGGUAUGCCCCGUACCUGCUUCCCGCACCAAACCAGUGGUGCGUGUCUCCAGUCCUGUACGGCCCGUGCCUGCUCCUCGCACCAGACUAGUGGUGCGUGUCUCCAGUCCGGUACGGCCCAUACCUGCUCCUCGCACCAAACCAGUGGUGCGUGUCUCCAGCCAUGUACGGCCCGUGCCAGCUCCUCGCACUAAACCAGUGGUGUGUGUCACCAGCCCGGUGCGCCCCAUACCUGCUUCCCGCACCAAACCAGUGGUGCGUGUCUCCAGUCCUGUACGGCCCGUUCCUGCUCCACGCACCAAACCAGUGGUGCGUGUCUCCAGCCAUGUACGGCCCGUUCCUGCUCCACGCACCAAACCAGUGGUGCGUGUCGCCAGCCCGGUAUGCCCCGUACCUGCUUCCCGCACCAAACCAGUGGUGCGUGUCUCCAGUCCUGUACGGCCCGUGCCUGCUCCUCGCACCAGACUAGUGGUGCGUGUCCCCAGCCCGGUACGGUCCAGUCCAGGGUCAGAGCAGUCCGUUCCACCGGUGCCUAGUCCAGCUCCGGUCAGCUGCUCCACUCCAGUGCCAGAGCAGUCCGCUCCACCGGUGCCUAGUCCAGCUCCGGUUAGCUGCUCCAGUCCAAUGCCAGAGCAGUCCGCUCCACCGGUGCCUGGUCCAGCCCCGGUCAGCUGCUCCAGUCCAGAGCCAGAGCAGUCCGCUCCACCAGGGUCCAGUUCAGCUCCGGUCAGCGGCUCCACUCCAGUGCCAGAGUAGUCCGCUCCACCGGUGCCUAGUCCGUGUUCGGUCGUCUACUCUCCCACACCAGGUUCCAGACAGGACUUGGUGCAUUGCGGGAGGACUGCAGAGCCAGAACCAGACAUCAACCCCUCUUCAGGGUCGGGGCCUCCCACACCAGGGUCCAGACAGGGCUUGGUGCAUCACGGGAGGAUUGCCGGUCCAGGCCCAGACGUCAGCCCUUCUCCAGCGUCCAGACAGGGCUUGGUGCAUCGUGGGAGGACUGAGAGGGGAAGCAUCGCGCCGGGGUCCAAACCGGACCAGGUGUGCAAUGGGGAGCCAGAAAAGGAGACGACAGUAAGGGUGACGUCGCGCCCGGAGCCGGAGCCGCCACCGAGUCAGUUUUGCGACCGGAGUCCGCACCUUUGUGUUGGGGGGUUACUGUCACGCCCUGACAUAGUGAUCUCUAGUUGGUUUGGUCAGGGUGUGAAUAUCUAUGUGUAGAUCUAGUAUGUUUAGAUCUAUGUUGGCCGGGUGUGGUUCCCAAUGAGAGGCAGCUGUCGAUCGUUGUCUCUGAUUGGGGUUCAUACUUAGGCAGCCAUUUUGCAUGCCUUUAGUUGUGGGAUCUUGUUUCUGUGUGUUUGGCUUGUUUGAUGUAUAGCCUUUAGAACUUCACGUUCAGUUGCUUUGUUAUUUUGUCGAGUGUUUCUUAUUAACAUUAAACAUGUACACAUACCACGCUGCACCUUGGUCCAAUCCUUUACUCAACAAACGUGACAAUAUUUGAGAUUCUUCAAAUAGCCACCCUUUGCCUUGAUGACAGCUUUGCACACGCUUCACAUUCUCUCAACCAGCUUCAUGAGGUAGUCACCUGGAAUGCAUUUCAAUUAACAGGUUUGCCUUGUUAAAAGAUAAUUUGUGGAAUUUAUUUCCUUCUUAAUGCGUUGGAGCCAAUCAGUUGUGUUGUGACAAGGUAGGGGGGUGUACAGAAGAUAGCACUAUUUGGUAAAAGACCAAGUCCAUAUAAUGGCAAGAACAGCUCAAAUAAGCAAAGAGAAAUGACAGUCCAUCAUUACUUUAAGACAUGAAGGUCAGUCAAUAUGGAAAAUGUCAAGAACUUUGAAAGUUUCUUCAAGUGCAGUCGCAAAAACCAUAAAGCGCUAUGAUGAAACUGGCUUUCAUGAGGACCGCCACAGGAAUGGAAGACCGAGAGUUACCUCUGUUGCAGAGUAUAAGUUCAUUAGAGUUACAAGCCUCAGAAAUUGCGGCACAAAUAAAUGCUUCACAGAGUUCAAGUCACAGACACAUCUCAACAUCAACUGUUCAGAGGGGACAGUGUGAAUCAGGCCGUCAUGGUCAAAUUGCUGCAAAGAAACCACUACUAAAGGACACCAAUAAUAAGAAGAGACCUGCUUGGGCCAAGAAACACGAGCAAUGGACAUUAGACCGGUGGAAAUUUGUCCUUUGGUCUGGUGUCCAAAUUGAGAUUUUUGGUUCAACCGCUGUGUCUUUGUGUGACACGUGUGGGUGAACGGAUUAUAUCCGCAUGUGUAGUUCCCACCGUAAAGGAAGGAGGAGGAGGUGUUAUGGUGUGGGGGUGCUUUGCUAGUGACACUGUUUGUGAUAUAUUUAGAAUCCCGAGUGGCGCAGUGGUCUAAGGCACUGCAUCGCAGUGCUAACUGUGCCACUAGAGAUCCUGGUUCGAAUCCAGGCUCUGUCGUAGCCGGCCGCGACCGGGAGACUCAUGGGCGGCGCACAAUUGGCCCAGCGUCGUCCAGGGUAGGGGAGGGAAUGGCCGGCAGGGAUGUAGCUCAGUUGAUAGAGCAUGGCGUUUGCAACGCCAGGGUUGUGGGUUCGAUUCCCACGGGGGGCCAGUAUAAAAAAAAAAAAAAAUGUAUUCACUAACUGUAAGUCGCUCUGGAUAAGAGCGUCUGCUAAAUGACUAAAAUGUAAAUGUAAAUUCAAGGUACACUUAACCAGCAUGGCUACCAAAGCAUUCUGCAGCGAUACGCCAUCCCAUCUGGUUUGGGCUUAGUGGGACUAUCAUUUGUUUUUCAACAGGACAAUGACCCAACACACCUCCAGGCUGUGCAAGGGCUAUUUUACCGAGAAGGAGAGUGAUGGAGUGCUGCAUCAGAUGACCUGGCCUCCACAAUCCCCCGACCUCAACACAAUUGAGAUGCCUUGGGAUGAGUCGGACGGCAGAGUGGAGGAAAAGAAGCAAACAAGUGCUCAGCAUACAGUGGGGAAAAAAAGUAUUUAGUCAGCCACCAAUUGUGCAAGUUCUCCCACUUUAAAAGAUGAGUGAGGCCUGUAAUUUUCAUCAUAGGUACACGUCAACUAUGACAGACAAAAUGAGAUAAAAUGUCUCCAGAAAAUCACAUUGUAGGAUUUUUAAUGAAUUUAUUUGCAAAUUAUGGUGGAAAAUAAGUAUUUGGUCAAUAACAAAAGUUUCUCAAUACUUUGUUAUAUACCCUUUGUUGGCAAUGACACAGGUCAAACGUUUUCUGUAAGUCUUCACAAGGUUUUCACCCAAUGUUGCUGGUAUUUUGGCCCAUUCCUCCAUGCAGAUCUCCUCUGGGUGGCUAUUUGAAGAAUCUCAAAUCUCAAAUAUAUUUUGAUUUAUUUAACACUUCUUUGGUUACUAUAUGAUUCCAUAUGUGUUAUUUCAUAGUUUUUGUGAUGCGCAGGAGGGUAAAUCACAGAAUACAGAGUUUAUUCCGUAAUCCAGCCUAACCAGUCCAGUGCGCAAAACAGGCGCACCUGAACAAACAUGCACACGGGGAAAAUACCCCGGCAAUACAAAAUACUGAGCUCAACCGAGCUACUAAUCCUCACAAUGAACAAUCACCCACAAGGACAAGGGGGCAGGGGAACACUUAAACACGUACUAAUGAGGGAAAUAUGAACCAGGUGUGUGUAAUUGACAAGACAAGACAAAUGGAAUGAUGAGAUAUGGAGCGGCAGUGGGUAGAAGGCCGGUGACGAUGAACGCCGAAGCCUGCCCGAACAAGGAGGGGAGGCAGCUUCGGAGGAAGUCGUGACAGUUUUGAUGUCUUCACUAUUAUUCUACAAUGUAGAAAAUAGUAAAAAAAUAAAGAUAACCCCUGGAAUGAGUAAGUGUUCUAAAACUUUGGACUGGUACUGUUUAUGGAACAUUCCUCUGAAAACCAAGGUCAUGUAAGCUGUUGGGUUGCCCUCACAGCGACCACAAAGAGGAAAGGGAGACACGUUCAGACAUUCAUCAAUCACAGAUAAUGUGCUCAGCAUGUGUAUGAGUCAGGGUGUAUGUAUUUGGACUAUAGUUGUCCCACCAUUACUAUGAGUCAUCUACAAUGCCUGGGACUGAUUCUAGGCUCUCCAUGGACAUACUGUAGCUGGUAUUUUUCCACACUGUUCAGUGCUAGCACAUCCAUGGUAGAGAGCCAGCUGUGGAGCUGAUGUGUGUCCACCCAUAGUAGGUUUGUCUGGGGACAGAGGAGAGGGGCACCUUAUAAGGAAGAGAUUGAGGGGAAUCAACCCAGCGGAGCUGACUUAAAGGGCCCAGAGCCAAGUCCCACUGAAGCUUCCCUGCUGCCUCUCAUAGAUGCAUCAUCCACAACCCUCUUGGCUCCAUAGGACUACAAUACCCUCAACCCUCACUACUAUAGGGGUCGUUCAAUGUCAUUUCAGCAAGCCAUUACACCCACCAUCUCUGAUUGUUCUGUAAUCGUUUCUGUAGUUAGAAACAGAUAAGAUAAGCAUUCUGUAAACAUUAUUUUGAUGAAAUAUAAUUUGAUCUCUCUCCCCCAUCCCUCCUUCACUCUUGAGCCCUUUUAAUUUAUAGGAUUCAUAUAAUAUUAAAUAAUGAUAGUACCUAACAUCUGAUUUGGACCAAACUUUUUUCUAACAAUAAGUAAGACAUGAGGAAUCCAAAGAAGUGGUCAAAAGCCAUCCACGGACCCCCACACCCUACACCAGGUCUCCCCAACUGGCGGUUUUAUUUGGCCCCCCAUGUUUUCUGAGCAAAAUUGUUUUUAUAAUUCUUAUAAUUUUCAUUGUUGGACAUAAAAUACUUUAAAAACACCAGGAAAUCAGCUCCAACUGAUUUACAUUUUUGGCAAUCUGUUCCCAAGUAUUCCCACGCAUAAUAGAGAGACACGUGAUCGUAUACAAAUGUAAGGAAGGUGUGAAAGGAUUAUGUUUUAGUCAAAUAUUAUAUCUGUUUGGGCUUCUUGGCGUCAAUUUGCAGUCUAAAAAUUGUUAUGUUCCGGCCCCCCCAACCAUCCACUCAAGAAAAAAUAGAAAAGUAUUCAAACCCCUUGACUUUUUCCAUAUUUUGUUAGGUUACAGCCUUAUUCUAAAACAGAUUAAAUAGUUUUGUUCCCUACACACAAUACCCCAUAAUGACAAAGCAAAAACAGGUUUGUAGAAAUGUGUGCUAAUUUAUUACAAAUAAAAAACUGAAAAAUCAUAUUUACAUAAGUAUUCAGACCCUUUACACAGUAUUUUGUUGAAGCACCUUUGGCAGCGAUUACAGCCUCAAGUCUUCUUGGGUAUGACGCUACAAGCUUGGCACACCUGUAUUUGGGUAGUUUCUCGCAUUCUUCUCUGCAGAUCCUCUCAAGCUCUGUCAGGUUGGAUGGGGAGCAUCAACUGCACAGCUAUUUUCAGGUUUCUCCAGAGUUGUUCGAUCGGGUUCAAGUUCGGGCUCUGGCUGGGCCACUCAAGGACAUUCAGAGACUUGUCCCGAAGCCACUCCUGCGUUGUCUUGGCUGUGUGCUUAGGGUCGUUGUUCUGUUGGAAGGUGAACCUUCGUCCCAGUCUGAGGUCCUGAGCGCUCUGGAGCAGGUUUUCAUCAAGGAUCUCUCUGUACUUUGCUCCGUUCAUCUUUGCCUUGAUCCUGACUAGUCUCCCAGUCCCUGCCGCUGAAAAACAUCCCCACAGCAUGAUGCUGCCACCACCAUGCUUAACCAUAGGGAUGGUGCCAGGUUUCCUCCAGACGUGACGCUUGGCAUUCAGGCCAAAGAGUUCAAUCUUGGUUUCAUCAGACCAGAGAAUCUUGUUUCUCAUGGUCUGAGAGUCUUUAGGUACCUUUUGGCAAACUCCAAGCGGGCUGUCAUGUGCCUUUUACUGAGGAGUGGCUUCCGUCUGGCCACUCUACCAUAAAGGCCUGAUUGGGGGACUGCUGCAGAGAUGGUUGUCCUUCUGGAAGGUUCUCCCAUCUCCACAGAGGAAUUCUAGAGCUCUGUCAGAGUAACCAUUGGGUUCUUGGUCACCUCCCUGACCAAGGCCCUUCUCCCCCAAUUGCUCAGUAUGGCCGGGCGGGCCAGCUCUAGGAAGAAUCUUGGUGGUUCCAAACUUCUUCCAUUUAAGAAUGAUGGAGGCCACUGUGUUCUUGGGGACCUUCAAUGCUGCCAAAAAAAAUGUGUACCCUUCCCCAGAUCUGUGCCUCGACACAAUCAUGUCUCGGAGCUCUACGGACAAUUCCUUCGACCUCAUGGCUUGGUUCUUGCUCUGACUUGCAUUGUCAACUGUGGGACCUUAUAUAGACAGGUGUGUGCCUUUCCAAAUCCAAUGUCCAAUCAAUUGAAUUUACCACAUGUGGACUCCAAUGAAGUUGUAGAAACAUCUCAAGGAUGAUCAAUGGAAACAGGAUGCACCUGAGCUCAAUUUCGAGUCUCAUAGCAAAUGGUCUGAAUACUUAUGUAAAUAAGACAUUUAUGUUUUGGCUUUGUUAUAAAUUUGCAAAAACUUCUAAAAACCUGUUUAGGCUUUGGCAUUAUGGGGUAUUGUGUGUAGAUUGCUGAGUAUUUAAUUAUUUAAUACAUUUUAGAAUAAGGCUGUAACGUAACAAUGUGUAGGAAAAAGUCAAGGGGUCUGAAUACUUUCCGAAGGCACUGUAGUUGAUGAUCCCUGCCCUACUCCAAUUCCAACCCCAACAACGAGUAUAUAGUAUCAGUUCUCUAUGUUUAACAAUUAGUAUGGAGCUGCGGCACGUAGUAUUGUUUCUUCAUCCUAUGUAAUGUAUUCUUGGUGAUGUUUGUUUUCCCUGUUCAAAGAAAUUAGUCAUUGAAGUUGUUGGGUUUAUGUCCCAUCCUACAUUCUGAUAUUACCAGGUUCUGACCCCCCCCCCCCCCCCCCCCCUUGUUAAAGGGAUAGUUAUCCAAAUUACAAAAUUACAUAUUGGUUUUCUUUCUUCUGUCUAUGAACCAGUUAUGACAGCAACCCAUGCAUCCCGUGUUUAUUGUGUGAAUGAGUGAUGCACACUAUACACACACAAGCUAUAACACACACACCUCAUACUCACAAACACACACACAUACAUACACACACUCACUCACACAUUCAUUUACAUUUACAUUUUAGUCAUUUAGCAGACGCUCUUAUCCAGAGCGACUUACAGUUAGUGAAUACAUAUUUUUUUUAUACUCACACAGCCAACACUGCUGUCACAUGUUAUAGAGAGAUUGAACCACUGGACACUUCCCAUUUCACACUGUGUAUUUAAAUUCUGUAUCUCUGACAUAGCUCAUUCUAAUAUUUCUACUACUGUACAUUGUAUUUUAGUUACACUGUUUAUACACACCACAUAUUUAUUUAUAUACUGGAUUCUUGACAUAGCGCAUUCUAAUAUAUCUACUGCUGUACAUAUUAUUCUUAGUAUAUGUUUUGUAGAUUCUCCAGGUGUACAUACAUAAAAAUCGCAUUUUGAUUACUGCUGCAGUGCUAUUUGAAUUCUUAUUUUUUUAUUUAAUGUCUGUCGCUCUCUCACUCUCUACCUUCUCUUUAUCCCCCCUCAUUCUCUUCUCUCUCCCUCCCCCUUCUUUCACCCCCUCCACCAGCUCCCUCCUCUCUCACACUCUCCGUCUUUCUCUCCCCUCUCUCCCCCUCCCUUACUCUCCCCCUUCUCUCGCUCUCCCUCCUCCCUCCUCCCCCCUCCAAUCUCACUCCCUCCUUCUUUCCCUGCCUCCCCCUCGUCUCAUCUCUCUCUCCCUCCUCUCUCUCCCCCAUCCCUCCUUCACCCUCUUCCUCCUCUCUCCCCCACCCUCACUCUCCCCCUUUUAUCUCUCUCCUCCCCCCUCCAUUCUCUCUCCCUCCUUCUUUCCUUGCCUCCCCUGCCUCUAAUUUCUCUCUCUCCCUCUCCCUUCUCUCUCUCCCUCCUCUCUUCCACAGACAGGCCGACAGACAGACACAGACAGACAGACAGGCUGACAGGCAGACAGACAGACAGACAUGCAGGCAGUUAGGCAGGCAGACAGACAGACAAUGUACGGCAUCCUGGGGACACUCUUUAAUGAUACCUUGAGUUUCAAGUCUUUGCGUUAAGAAUUGACCGUUCUACAGAUGGAAGACAGUGUUUUUGUGUAACUGCAGCAGGGAGAGAAUGAAAGGCCAUGUUGAGGAUGAAUUAAUACACUUCCUGUUGCCACAGAAAGCUGAACCUUAUCACAGGGAAUCCCUAUAGGUUCAUGAUUGGUUGUGUGCAAGGAUGGUUAGCUAGCUCAAUAGCAGUCAACGGGGGCAUCAUGGUUAUGUCAGGGCUGUAGAUAAUGCUUUUCUAUGGAAGAAAAGCCUUGUUCUCUGUGGGACCAAGUUUUCACUGUGAAGAGUUAAUUUCACAUAGUCAGAUGUAGGCUUGUGUUCAUUGGGAGCAUCUGUUGAACGAUCCCAGGCUUGAAUUUUGUUUCUAGCCUCAACCGUUCUGCCGAUGUCGCUCAAAGCACAUGAACUCUAGGUCAGGCUUCAAGUGAGGCCUACUUUUCUGCCAUGUAGUGGGGGGAGGGGCAAAUUAAUUCAUUGUUCAUUGGAUGAAGGUUAGGGUUAUGUCUAGGAUUGAGGCCCUAACUCUAACCCUGGCUUCAUGUCCACAUCCCGGCUCAACCCUAAACCUAGCCUCAACCCUAACCCUAACCCUAACCCUAGCUUUAUAUCAACUCCCGGCUCAACCCUAACCCAAAAAGUGGCGCCGGAGAAGGUGGCUGCCGUUUUACAGCCCUCUAACCAAUUGUACUAUUAUGUGUGUUUUUUCGUGUUAUUUGUAAUUUAUUCUGUACAUAAUGUUUCUGCCACGGUCUCUUAUGACCAAAAAGAGCUUCUGGAUAUCAGGACAGUGAUUACUCACCUCGUAUUGAACAAAUAUAUUUUCUUCAACGAGCCGGACGCGAAGGAUAUCCUACAGACACCCGACAAGGCCCAAAUCCCUGUCAUUCGCAUGAGAAAGAGACAGAGAUAUCGUGGACAUAGGUCGGGGUGCCUUGUAAGGAUCCGACGGCGAGCGAGUAAACUGCCUCUUCCAUCAAUCCUAUUAGCCAAUGUUCAAUCAUUUGAGAACAAAUUGGACGACCUAAGAUUACGGUUAUCCUACCAAUGGGACAUUAAAAACUGUAAUAUCUUAUGUUUCACCGAGUCGUGGCUGAACGACGACAUGGACAACAUACAGCUACACGUCAGGAUAGAACAGCUGACUCCGGUAAGACAAGGGGUGGCGGUCUGUGUAUAUUUGUAAACAACAGCUGGUGCACAAAAUCUAAUACUAAGGAAGUCUCUAGGUUUUGCUCUCCUGAGGUAGAGUAUCUCACGAUAAGCUGUAGACCACAUUAUUUACCAAGAGACUUUUCAUCUAUAUUUUUUGUAUCUACCACCACAAACCGAAGCUGGCAUUAAGAUUGCACUCAAUGAGCUGUAUAAGGCCAUAAGUAAACAGGAAAACGCUCAUCCAGAGGCAGCGAUCCUAGUGGCUGGGGACUUUAAUGCAGGGAAACUUACAUCCGUUCUACCUAAUUUCUACCAGCAUGUGAAAUAUGCAACGGGAGGGAAAAAAAACUCUAGACCACCUUUACUCCACACACAGAGACGCAUACAAAGCUCUCCCUAGCCCUCCAUUUGGCAAAUCUGACCAUAACGCUAUCCUCCUGAUUCCUGCUUAUAAGCAAAAACUAAAGCAGGAAGCACCAGUGACUCGGUUAAUAAAAAAGUGGUCAGAUGAUGCAGAUGCUAAGCUACAGGACUGUUUUGCUAGCACAGACUGGAAUAUGUUCAGGGAUUCUUCAGAUAGCAUUGAGGAGUACACCACAUCAGUCACUGGCUUCAACAAUAAGUGCAUCGAUGUCCCCACAGUGACCAUACGUACAUACCCCAACCUGAAGCCAUGGAUUACAGGCAACAUCCACACUGAGCUAAAGGGUAGAGCUGCCGCUUUCAAGGAGCGGGACUCUAACCCGGACGCUUAUAAGAAAUCCCGCUAUGCCCUCUGACGAACCAUCAAACAGGCAAAGAGUCAAUACCGGACUAAGAUUGAAUCGUACUACACCGGCUCUGACACUCUUCGGAUGUGGCAGGGCUUGAAAACUAUUACAGACUACAAAAGGAAGAACAGCCGCGAGCUGCCCAGUGACACAAGCCUACCAGACAAGCUAAAUCAUUUCUAUGCUCGCUUCGAGGCAAGCAACACUGAAGCAUGCAUGAGAGCACCAGCUGUUCCGGAUGACUAUGUGACCACGCUCUCCGUAGCCGAUGUGAGUAAGACUUUUAAGCAGGUCAACAUUCACAAGGCCGCAGGGCCAGACGGAUUACCAGGACGUGUACUCCGAGCAUGUGCUGACCAACUGGCAAAUGUCUUCACUGACAUUUUCAACAUGUCCCUGACUGAGUCAGUAAUACCAACAUGUUUCAAGCAGACCACCAUAGUCCCUGUGCCCAAGGACACUAAGAUAACCUGCCUAAAGACUACCAACCCGUAGCACUCACGUCUGUAGCCAUGAAGUGCUUUGAAAGGCUGAUCAUGGCUCACAUCAACACCAUUAUCCCAGAAACCCUAGACCCACUCCAAUUUGCAUACCGCCCCAACAGAUCCACAGAUGAUGCAAUCUCUAUUGCACUCCACACUGCCCUUUCCCACCUGGACAAGAGGAACACCUACGUGAGAAUGCUGUUCAUUGAAUAAAGCUCAGCGUUCAACACCAUAGUGCCUUCAAAGCUCAUCACUAAGCUAAGGAUCCUGGGACUAAACACCUCUCUCUGCAACUGGAUCCUGGACUUCCUGACAGGCCGCCCCCAGGUGGUAAGGGUAGGUAACAACACAUCUGCCACACUGAUCCUCAACACGGGGGCCCCUCAGGGGUGCGUGCUCAGUCCCCUCCUGUACUCCCUGUUCACCCAUGACUGCAUGGCCAGGCACGACUCCAACACCAUCAGAAAGGUGCUGACGACACAACAGUGGUAGGCCUGAUCACCGACAUCGAUGAGACAGCCUAUAGGGAGGAAGUCCGAGACCUGGCCGUGUAGUGCCAGCAUAACAACCUCUCCCUCGACGUGAUCAAGACAAAGGAGAUGAUUGUGGACUACAGGAAGAAAAAAAGAGGACUGAGCACGCCCCCAUUCUCAUCGACGGGGCUGUAGUGGAACAGGUUGAGAGCUUCAAGUUCCUUGGUGUGCACAUCACCAACAAACUAUCAUGGUCCAAACACACCAAGACAGUCGUGAAGAGGGCACGACAAAGCCUAUUCCCCCUCAGGAGACUGGAAAGAUUUGGCAUGGGUCCUCAGAUCCUCAAAAAGUUAUACAGCUGCACCAUCGAAAGCAUCCUGACUGGUUGCAUCACCGCCUGUUAUGGCAACUGCUCAGCCUCCGACCGCAAGGCACUACAGAGGGUAGUGCGUACGGCCCAGUACAUCACUGGGGCCAAGCUUCCUACCAUCCAGGACCUCUAUGCCAGACGGUGUCAGAGGAAGGCCCUCAAAAUUGUCAAAGACUCCAGCCACCCUAAUCAUAGACUGUUCUCUCUGCUACCGCAUGGCAAGCGGUACCGUAGCGCCAAGUCUAGGUCCAAAAGGCUUCUCAACAGCUUCUACCCCCAAGCCAUAAGACUCCUGAACAGCUAAUCAUUGCUACACAGACUAUUUUCACUGCCCCCCCACCCCCACCCUCCUCUUUUACGCUGCUGCUACUCUGUUUAUUAUUUAUGCAUAGUCACUUUCACUCUACCCACGUGUACAUAUUACCUCAAUUACCUCGACUAGCCGAUGCCCCAACACAUUGACUCUGCACCGGUACCCCCCUGUAUAUAGCCUCCCUGCUGUUAAUUUAUUUUACUGCUGCUCUUUAGUUAUUUGCUUAAAUUUUUUUUACUUAACACUUUAUAUUUUUUAAAUCUUUAAAAAAUGCAUUGUUGGUUAAGGGCUUGUAAGUAAGCAUUUCACUGUAAUGUCUACACCUGUUGUAUUCGGCGCAUGUGGCAAAUAACAUUUGAUUUGAUUUGAUUUUAUCCCUAACCCUCGCUUCAUGUCCACAUCCCGGCUCGACCCUAACCCUAACCGUAGCUUCAUAUCAUCUCCCGGCUCAACCCUAAUCCUAUCCCUAACCCUCACUUAAUCUCCACAUCUUGGCUCAACUCUAGCCAUAACCCUAACACUAACUUCUAGUUCACAUCCCGGCUCAACCCUAACUCCAAGAGCUGAGCCAAGAUGUGGAGGGCUAGGGUUAGAGAUAUGGCUAGGGUUAGGGUUGAGCUGGGAUGUGGACAUGAAGCUAGGGUUAGGUUGAGUUUAGAGUUUGUCUGUCUGCCUGUCUGCCUGCUUCCCUGCCUGUCUGUCUGUCUGUCUGUCUGUCUGUGAGUUUAUAUAUCUGUCUGCCUGUCUGUCUGUCUCUCUCUGUCUCUCUGUCUGUCUGCCUGUCUGAGUCUUUCACCAAUUUACCCACCACCUAUCACCAACUUCUUUGCCUUGAAGGCGAUGUAUUGACUUCUGCGCCAAUACCCUUGAUGCAAAUCUAUGCGUCAAUAUCCUCUCUGUGGAGGUGGGAAAGUGGAGAGAGAGGUGGAGGUGGGAGAGAGAGGGAGGGAGAGAAAUAGAUUAGAGGGAGGGAGGGGGGAGGAGGUAUAGAGAGAGGGAGAGAAGAGGGUGUCAUGUCUAUGAUACCUUUUUCUAUGCAUCCAUAUUGUGAGGCUAAUCUUCCCCCAUUGAGUGCAAUGUAUUCACUUAGGCAUCAACCCUGUGACACUCAUAUUUUCACUUUGACUGCAAUGUAUUGACAUGAACGUCAAGCCUAUGACACUCAUCUUUUCCUAUUGACAUAAGCGUCAACACUGUGACACAUCUUUUCCCAUUGACUGCAAUUUAUAAGACUAAAUUGGUUGAUGCUUAUCUUUUCCCAUUGAUUGCUAUGUAUUGACAUAAGCAUCAACCCUGUGACACUCAUUUUUUCACAUUGAACCCAAUAUAUUGAGAGAAACAUCAAACCAGUGACAAUCAUCUUUUCCCAUUGACUGCAAUGCACUGAGAAAAACGUCAAACUGUGGCACUCAUCUUUUCCAUUGACUGCAAUGUAUUCAAAAAAACAACCAUGUGACACUCAUCUUUUCCCAUUGACUGCAAUGUAUUGACAACAUGUUUUUUCCCAUUGACUGCAAUGUAUUGAGAUAAACAUCAACCUUGUGACACUCAUAUUUUCCCAUUGACUGCAAUGUACUGAGAAAAACUUCAACCCUGUGACACUCAUCUUUUCCCAUUGACUGCAAUAGAUUAGAGGGAAGGGGGAAAGAAGGAGGGAGAUAUAAUAAAGGGGGAGGAAGUAUAGAGGGAGAGGGUGAGGGAGGGAGGGAGGGAGGGAGGAUUAGGUUUCAUGUCUGUGAUGGAUUUUUCUAUGCGUCCAUAUUGUGAUGCUCAUCUUCCCCCAUUGAAUGCAAUGUAUUCACUUAGGCAUCAACCCUGUAACACUUUUCCCAUUGACUGCAAUUCAUAAGAUUCAAUUGGUUGAUGCUAAUCUUUUCCCAUUGACUGCAAUGUAUUGAGAAAAACGUCAACCCUGUGACUCUCAUCUUUUCCCAUUGACUGCAAUGUAUUGAGAAAAAUGUCAACCCUGUGGCACUCAUCUUUUCCCGUUGACUGAAAUGUAUUGAGAAAAACUUCAAUUACUAUUUUCUCUGAACAGGGGAAAGAAAAUAUCACCAAAUUAACAGAGAAUACAUUACAUGGGAUCAAGAAACAAUCCUCUGAGCCGCAGCUCCAUACUACUUGUCAAACAUAAAGAACUGAUACUAUAUCAUUGUUGUUGGGAUGGAAUUGGCGUGGGGGGUCCGUGGGUGGCUUCUGAUAUUUCUUUGGGAUUCCUCAUGUCUAAUUUAUUGUUCAAAUUUGUUUUGUCCAAAUCAGAGGUUAGAGUACGUACUAUAUUUACUGAAUAUUAUAUGAAUCCUAUAAAUUAAAAUGACCAAUUUGUGUGCAAUCAAUUAGCUUAAUUUCUCAGAGAUCAAAUUAUAUUUCAACAAAAUAAUGUUGCAGGAAUGCUAAUCUUAUCUGUUUUUAACAACAAAAAACGAUUUUAGAACCAUCUGAGAUGGUGGGUGUCGGAAUCCUCUUUCUUGUGCUUUUUGAGGUGGAACGACCCUUAAGGCAUUAAAGAAUCAAUGUGCAUUAUUAAUUAAAAUUACAAUUGAACAGGUAAAGAGGUAUGCUUAGAAUAUAAUCUACGCAGAAAAAUAUACAUAAUGUUGACAUGGAAUUGGGCAUAAUGAUUAUGGUUCUAUAUUGCAGGAAAAAGCUGUCCCCUCUAAAAUAAUGGGAGCAUGACGCCCCUGACCCAGAGGCUUGUGCUUUUCUGAUGAGUACCUACUGCACUCAUCUUCUCACUGAGGCCCACAGGACAACAGCAACUAGGCCUACACUACUACUCACUAACUUUAAGCAUCAGUUGUCAGAGCACCUUACCGAUCACUGCACCUGUACACAGCCCAUCUGAAAUUAGCUCACCCAACUACCUCAUCCCCAUAUUGUUAUUUAUUUUGCUCUUUUGCACCCCAGUAUCUCUAUUUGCACAUAAUCUCUUGCACAUCUAUCAUUCCAGUGUUAAUACUAAUUGUAAUUAUUUUGCACUAUAGCCUAUUUAUUGCCUUACUUCCAUAACUUGCUACAUUUGCACACACUGUAUAUAUAUAUUCUGUUGUAUUUUUGACUUUAUGUUUUGUUUUACCCCAUAUGUAACUCUGUGUUGUUGUUUUUAUCGCACUGCUUUGCUUUAUCUUGGCCAGGUCGCAGUUGUAAAUGAGAACUUGUUCUCAACUGGCUUACCUGGUUAAAUAAAGGUGAAAUACAAUUUUUAAAAAUAAACUUGAGAGUCCAAUCACAACCCUUUAAAUAGGCAGAAGAAGGGUGUGAGCUAAAGCAUUAGAGUUGAGAGAAACACACAAACAGCAAAACAAACAAAAUACACAUUCAAUGGAGCGCCAUGAAGACCUGACCCUAAGGCUGACCCUAAAAUACUUCAGUUGUAUCCUUCGGAAAAUCUGACUGCUUCGCUAAUCGCUAUGUGUUCAUGUCUGUGUGAGAAAGGAUCCUCUGUGUUUUACUGGCUGCAGGAAGGCCACCUACAGAAGUGAGUGGGAGAACAAUACUCUGAGGUAGAGGGGGGCUGGGUUGGAGCGCAGAGUGGAAGUGUCUCCUGGCCUUCCUCUGCUCAUAGUUCUUGGCUUCACUCCACUGUUGUCCUUCUGUUGUUUCAAGGAUUUUCCACCAUUAAGUGUUGAGAGAUAACGACCAGUUAAUUACCUUAACAAGCCCCUAACGACACCCCUGAGAGGGCUGUGUGUUCCCAAAGCACCUGGCCCCAUUGUUCCUCUCCCUGUGUGUGUGUGUGUGUGCGUGUGUGUGCGUGUGCGUGUGCGUAUGUUUGUGGGUGGGGGUCCAUGCGUGUGUGAGUGUGUGUGUUAGGGAUGGCUGGCUUACUCAGUUCAAAAGAUACAGAGAGUGCUCAAACAAACUAGAGGGUAUUGGUUGUAGUAGCACUGUGCUGGAAUACAGGAUGUAGCCUAGCCUUGAAAUUCUGGUCUGUACUGGUGGAUUAUAGUACAGUCAUAGGUGGAUAAUUCACAGUAGGUAUAUUUUUAUUUGUGUGUCUGGUCCCUUGUGAUUUUUUUCUGAUGGACAUGACAGUGAACUUCUCUGGGUAUUAAUUCCUGUCAUGUUUGCCAUCAGAAUACCAUGGUUUACAUGUACACACCUUUUUAGCAGCAUUGGUCAGAACCUGACUGGGGCUAUGGCCUGUAUUGACUGUAUAUACAUCCCAAUACGCUAUCUCACAAUCACACAAUAGAGGAGCUUAGAGACACUGUUUAUAUUCUUGAAAUGUCAUCAUUGUUUGAUUUGUGUUCUGCAUGUCUGAACGUCCUGUGUGUGCUUUCCUCUGGUUGAUAUGGUUGUUCCUAACAUUCCUCUUGUGGAGGUAUUUAUUUGCAGUGCUGUGGUGUUGUCAGUAUACACUACCGGUCAAAAGUUAUAGAACACCUACUCAUUCUAGGGUUUUUCUUUAUUUGUACUAUUUUCUACAUUGUAGAAUAAUAGUGAAGACAUCAAAACUAUGAAAUAACACAUAUGGAAUCAUGUAGUGAACAAAAAAGUGUUAAACAAAUCAAAAUAUAUUUUAUAUAUGAGAUUCUUCAAAUAGCCACCAUUUGCCUUGAUGACAGCUUUGCACACUCUUGGCAUUCUCUCAACCAGCUUCACCUGGAAUGCUUUUCCAACAGUCUUGAAGGAGUUCCCACAUAUGCUGAGCACUUGUUGGCUGCUUUUCCUUCACUCUGCGGUCCGACUCAUCCCAAACCAUCUCAAUUUGGUUGAGGUCGGGGGAUUGUGGAGGCCAGGUCAUCUGAUGCAGCACUCCAUCACUCCCCUUCUUUUUUUUCUAUUUUUGUUCUUCUUUUUUUUUUAAAUGUUUUUUAUAUAUAUACUCCCCUUUAUUACUUUUCAACCCUGCCAUCCUUUCCCUACUUGGGGUAAAUUAGUGAACAACAAUGCCCAGGCCUCUACUUCCAACCUAUACUUACUAUCUACACCUUAUGGACACAGUCAAUUUUACAAUAAUUCUAUUUUAUUUGUUUUUGCUCCUAAACUUCUUCUACUCUCAACCUCUCCAAUCAUUUUCAUGAUGUCCAUCCGGUUUGCUUCUAUAUGCCAUAUCUUUCUAACUGUGCUCUUUCCCAAAAGCUCCCAACAUACAACCUAUAUACUUAUUAUAGACACAGUAUGCUUACAUUAUUAGUUAUCUUGUUAUUAUUUGUUGUUAUUUGUUAUUAGUCCCAUCCUUCAACUCCAUUCAAUACCUCCCAUCUAUCUCUUAACACCAUCCAUAUAGGAUUCCUAUUUGCCAUAUAUAUUUCAACCGUACUGUGAUGUUUUACAAAAGUUCUGAACCUUUCUAUUCUCAUUGCUUCUACAGAUUGUGAAUUAAAAAUAAAAAAAAUUGCUAAAAGUAUUAUUAUAUUAUUGAUCGAUUGACUAUGACUUUUCAGAUCACCCAGUAAUGCUAUCUGCAAGGUUAUCUCCAGGUAAAUAUUGCAAUCCUUUAGCCAUUCCUGGACCUGUGUCCAAAAACAAGCUACAAAUGGACAGAACCAAAACAAAUGAUCUAAUGAUUCUGUCUCUUCACAGCAAAAUCUGCAGAGCUGGGAAGAUUGUAUCCCCCAUAUAAAUAACAUUCUAUUGGUAGCAAGAUAUAUAAUAAUUUAAAUUGAAAGAUUCUAAUUUUUGAAUCCGGUGUCGUUUUGCGUGUCAGUUCAUAAACACUAUGCCAUGGGAUCGGUACGUCAAAGAUCUCUUCCUAACUAUUUUGCAAUUUAUAUGGGACGGCUGUUUUUCUUAACCAAUUAUGUUCUUUAAUGCAAGGCCGACAGACAAGUUCCUUACUUUCUCCCCCUUCCACUUUCCUCUUCCACUUUUGCGGUAAGGCUGCAAUUAUUUGGUUGUAAUUUUGGAUAGAGCAGACAUUUCCAUAUGUUUUUGUUAGCUGCAUGUGCGACAUAACUCCACCAGUCCAACCGAUGAUAUCAUUUACGAAGAUUAUACCUUUUUUAAACAUUCUGUCAAAAAAUCCCCUUCUUGGUAAAAUAGCUCUUACACAGCCUGGAGGUGUGUUGGGUCAUUAUCCUGUUGAAAAACAAAUGAUAGUCCCACUAAGCCCAAACCAGAUGGGAUGGCAUAUCGCUGCAGAAUGCUGUGGUAGCCAUGCUGGUUAAGUGUGCCUUGAAUUCUAAAUAAAUCACAGACAGUGCUUUACGGUGGGAAAUACACAUGCGGCGAUCAUCCGUUCACUCACACCGCGUCUCACAAAGACAUGGCGGUUGGAACCAGAAAUCUCCAAUUUGGACUCCAGACCAAAGGACACAUUUUCACUGGUCUAAUGUCCAUUGCUCGUGUUUCUUGGCCCAAGCAAGUCUCUUCUUCUUAUUGGUUUCCUUUACAUAGUUUCCUUUAGUAGUGGUUUAUUUGCAGCAAUUCGACCAUGAAGGCCUGAUUCACACAGUCUCCUCUGAACAGUUGAUGUUGAGAUGUGUCUGUUAUUUGAACUCUGUGAAGCAUUUAUUUGGGCUGCGAUUUUUGAGGCUAGUAACUCUAAUGAACUUAUCCUCUGCAGCAGAUGUAAUUCUGGGUCUUCCAUUCCUGUGGCAGCCCUCAUGAGAGCCAGUUUCAUCAUAGCGCUUGAUGGUUUUUGCGACUGCACUUCUUGACAUUUCUCAAAGUUCUUGACAUUUUCCGUAUUGACUGACCUUCAUGUCUUAAAGUAAUGAUGGACUGUCGUUUCUCUUUGCUUAUUUGAGCUGUUCUUGCCAUAAUAUGGACUUGGUCUUUUACCAAAUAGGGCUAUCUCCUGUAUACCCCUCCCUACCUUGUCACAACACAACACAAUUAAGAAGGGAAGAAAUUCCACAAACACCUGUUAAUUGAAAUGCAUUCCAGGUGACUACCUCAUGAAGCUAGUUGAGAGAAUGCCAAGAGUGUGCAAAGCUGUCAUCAAGGCAAAGGGUGGCUGUUUGAAGAAUCUCACAUAUAUUGAUUUGUUCAACACUUUUUUGGUUACUACAUGAUUCCAUAUGUGUUAUUUCAUAGUUUUGAUGUCUUUACUAUUAUUUUACAAUGUAGAAAAUAGUAAAAAUGAAGAAAACUCUUGAAUAAGUAGGUGUUCUAAAACACCCAAUCCCAACUCGACCCUCUGCCCAACCCUCCAUGCACUUGUGUAGAUCUAAGAGGUUAUGUAUGCAAUGUGGGGAAAAUUACUCCAAGCCUAUCAGGGGGCAAAGUGAGGAUUUUAACAUAUUGCUUAUGCCUGUGAAAUUCUAUCGUGUCUAGGUGAAGUGCAUAGUGGUAGGGCCAGGGGGUCAAUUUGGGAUUAUGUGUAUCUGGGAAAGAGCAGCAGGCAAUGAAGGCUCUCUCUCUCUCUCUCUCUCUCUCUCUCUCUCUCUCUCUCUCUCUCUCUCUCUCUCUCUCUCUCUCUCUCUCUCUCUCUCUCUCUCUCUCUCUCUCUCUCUCUCUCUCUCUCUCUCUAGGAGGUGGGUGGUGAGGGCAGAGUUAAUCUAGUCAUGGAGAGUACUCUGACAGCGCGGGACAGGAUGGGGGUGCAGGACUUUGUCCUGCUGGAGAACUACACCAGCGAGGCGGCCUUCAUUGAAAACUUGCGCCGACGUUUUGGGGAGAACCUCAUUUAUGUAAAGAAUCAUGUCAUUAUGGAAAAAUUGGUCCUAUAAAAAUUAUCGGCACAUGCUUCGUAAACAACAGGUGUAAACUAACGCCCCCCACCAAAAAAAAUUACACGAGAAAGGAAUAACUACACAAUGAGUAACGAUAACUUGGCUAUAUACACGGGUACUAGUACCUAGUCGAUGUGCAGGGGUAAUUGAGGUAAAUAUGUACAUAUGGGUAGGGAUAAAGUGACUAGGCAACAGGAUAGAUAAUAAACAGUAACAGCAGCGUAUGUGAUGAGUCAAAAGAGAUAGUGCCAAAAGGGUCAAUGCAGAUAGUCCAGGUAGCUAGCAAUUGGUUAACGAUUUAACUAACUAUUUAGCAGUCUUAUGGCUCGGGGGUAGAAGCUGUCCAGGGUCCUGUUGGUUCCAGACUUGGUGCAUCGGUACUGCUUGCCGUGCGGUAGCAGAGAGAACAGUCUAUGACUUGGGUGGCUGGAGUCUUUGAACAUUUUUAGGGCCUUUCUCUGACACCGCCUGAUAUAGAUGUCCUGGAUGGCAGGUAGCUCUGCCCCAGUGAUGUACUGUAGCGCCUGCAGUCGGAUGCCAAGCAGUUGCCAUACCAAGCGGUGAUGCAGCCAGUCAAGAUCCUCUCAAUGGUGAAGCUGUAUAACUUUUUGAGGAUCUGAGGGCCCAUGCCAAAUCUUUUCAGCCUCCUGAGGGGGAAGAGGCAUUGUCGUGCCCUCUUCACGGCUGAUACUACAUAGCUUUACAUAAUGUUUGGUUAAGGUUGAUUUUAUAUCAGUGUUUGUGUGGGUUUUGUGUUUGAUGGGUUGGUGAUGGCAGUGUGCGGGUUUUGUCUCCCUGUAUCAGACCUACAUAGGGUCAGUGUUGGUGUCAGUGAACCCCAACAAGGACCUGGAGAUCUACUCCAAGGUGCACAUGGAGCGCUACCGAGGGGUCAGCUUCUACGAGAUAUCACCCCACAUGUGAGUCACCCUCUGACCCCUGACCUCUGACCCCUGAUCCUUAACCUCUCUCUGACUCAGCAGGACCAGCAUGAGUGUGUAGAUGUCUUUAUGUACAUACAGUAGGCCUACAUAUGAAUCUGCAUUGGGUACAUUACAUUUAAAGUAUGUAGUGUGUGUUUGCUAUAUGAUCGUGAUCCACUGUAUGUGAAAACACCAGUAUGAGCUCAAUCAUUAGCUGAUAUCAUGUUUGUAUCCCACCCCUCUGUUUCUCUAUACUGUAGCUUUGCGGUGUCAGACAACACGUACCGGGCCAUGCGGACUGAGAGGAGGGACCAGUGUAUCCUGAUCUCUGGGGAGAGCGGAGCAGGGAAGACUGAGGCCUCCAAGAAGAUCCUCCAGUACUACGCCACUACCUGCCCUGUCACUGACCACAUGAGUACGCUCCGGGACCGCCUGCUGCAGUCCAACCCUGUUCUGGAGGUACCGUAUACCCCCCGCCCCCUCCCAAGAUCCCCUGCCAAGGAUUUCUUCCCAUGAGCACUUCUAAGGCUCUGGAGGAGGAAGAACAUUUAUAGCAGGGGUACUGAGACUGGUGUAACAUCAAUGAGAGAAAUGAAUGGCCCACUACAAAAUCAUGUUGCUUCAAAGAAGUAAAUCUAUUGGUGGAUGAGGGAAAUCAUGUUGAUACAUUGCAUAUUUGAACCAAUCUCUGACAAAGCCAUAACAAUAGAUACGUCCUGCUGUGAACAUGCUAUUACUGUACUGUUAAUGUUUCCUAUCUCUCAGCUGUGUUUGAUCUUAUCUCUGUUGUUUCCCUCGCUCACUUCUUCUUUCUCUCUGUUUUCCUGGCUCUCUCUCUACAGGCCUUUGGGAAUGCCAAAACAUUGCGAAAUGACAAUUCCAGCCGUUUUGGCAAAUACAUGGAUGUCCAGUUUGACUUCAGGGUAAGCCUGUUGUUCUUCCUUCCUUUGGCUCCUGGGUUAAGGGAUUUUCCACACGUAAUUCUACUAUCGCUGACACUCCAAUCCAUCAAAAGAUUGUGCAUAGCUAAAACAUUUUGCAUUCAGAUCUUAACAUACUGCAUGCCUUACUAUGAGUCUAAGUCAUGAGGGCAUGAUUCAGCUAAAAGCCGAUUUAUGGUCAUUCCGGAAUCUGCAUUGGCUGUACAGCAUUUACUGCGAUGCAGCCUCUGCAGAAGUCCGGACAUUCAUACUUCUUGCGCUUUGCGGAGCAGAGCUGUUAUGAAGAAAGUUGUCAAGGAAGUGAGUUUGUGUUUAUAUUGUGUCACAUCCUCCGUACGGAGCCUCCGGACCGGAUUUUCGGAUCAAGCAUAAAUCGUCUUUAAAGCAGCUCUAACUGUGCCACUAGAGAUCCUGGUUCGAAUCCAGGCUCUGUCGCAGCCGGCCGCGACCGGGAGACUCAUGGGCGGCGCACAAUUGGCCCAGCGUCGUCCAGGGUAGGGGAGGGAAUGGCCGGCAGGGAUGUAGCUCAGUUGAUAGAGCAUGGCGUUUGCAACGCCAGGGUUGUGGGUUCGAUUCCCACGGGGGGCCAGUAUAAAAAAAAUAUAUGUAUUCACUAACUGUAAGUCGCUCUGGAUAAGAGCGUCGACUAAAAUGUAAAAUGUAAAAAUGUAAUAGGACCACACUUAGCAGUACUUUGACUGUCCCUGUCCCUAACCUCCCCUAGGGGGCGUCGAUAGGAGGCCACAUCCUCAACUACCUGCUGGAGAAGUCCCGUGUGGUGCACCAGAACCAUGGAGAGAGGAACUUCCAUAUUUUCUACCAGCUGCUCGAGGGAGGAAAACAGGACCUUCUCAGCAAGCUGGGCCUGGAGAGAAAUGCCCAGAAAUACCAAUACCUGGUCAAGGUGUGUGUUUGUGCGUGCGCACGUGUGUGUGUGUGUGUGUGUGCAGUUAUUUGAUCAGUGAUGUCCUGUUCCUCUCAGGGUUGCUGUCCUAGGGUGAGCUCCAUCAAUGAUAAGAAUGACUGGAAAACAGUGAGGAAGGCCCUGACUAUCAUCGGCUUACGUGAGGAUGAGGUGGAGGUUAGAAUUUUUUUUGUGUAUAAUAAUACUGCACACCGUUUUUCACUGCAAACAAAUUUCACUCAACCCAAAGUUUCACCAUGACCAUGCUUUAAAUUUGUCUGUUCUCUCUCCCUCUUUAGGAUCUGUGGAAUAUAAUUGCCAGUGUCCUCCAUCUUGGGAACACUCAGUUUGGAGAAGGAGAGAAUGGGGAAAACCAGAUCACCACUGAGCCACAGCUCAAAUACCUGUCGAAGGUUGGAACUAUGAAGAUGAACGAUACCCUCCUCCCCCCAACAAACACACACACACACAAACACACGCACACACACAUAUUCCCCAUUCUAAAGGCAGAUGUUGAUGUUGUCCUGCUUGUUCUGCAGCUGCUGGGUGUGGAUGGAGCAGCAUUGAGAGAGGCUCUCACUCAUAAGAAACUCACUGCCAAAGGGGAGGAGGUGAGUGUCUAUGGUGGGCUGUUUCACUUGAUACAGAACUAUGCCUGGUAAUAUAAUAUAAUGUAAUAUCCCACUUACAAACAAGUAAAGCAGUAUGCCUUUGAUGUGUAUGGCAUGCAUAUUUAGAUUUUGGUUUUAAAGAGAGGGUACUGAUACAGUUCAGCUGAGCCCAGAGGAUAACACAUUAAAGUAUUUUGCAUCUCUAAUUUCCAAUAUGUACAGUACCAGUCAAAAGUUUGGACACACCUACUCAUUCAAGGGUUUGUCUUUACUUUUACUAUUUUCUACAUUGUAGAAUAAUAUUGAAGACAUCAAAACUAUGAAAUAACACAUAUGGAAUCAGGUAGUAACAAAAAAGUGUUAAACAAAUUUUAAACAAAUCUCAAAUUUGGACUCAUCAGACCAAAGGAUAGAUUUCCACCGGUCUAAUGUCCAUUGCUCGUGUUUCUUGGCCCAAGCAAGUCUCUUCUUCUUAUUGGUGUCCUUUAGUAGUGGUUUCUUUGCAGCAAUUCGACCAUGAAGGCCUGAUUCACACAAUCUCCUCUGAACAGUUGAUGUUGAGAUGUGUCUGUUACUUGAACUCUGUGAAGCAUUUAUUUGAGCUGCAGUUUCUGAGGCUGGUAACUCUAAUGAACUUAUCCUCUGCAGCAGAGGUAACUCUGGGUCUUCCAAUCCUGUGGCGGUCCUCAUGAGAGCCAGUUUCAUCAUAGAGCUUGAUGGUUUUUGCGACUGCACUUGAAGAAACUUUGAAAGUUCUUGAAAUUUUCCGGAUUGACUGACCUUCAUGUCUUAAAGUAAUGAUGGACUAUCGUUUCUCUUUGCUUAUUUGAGCUGUUCUUUACGUAAUAUGGACUUGGACUUUUACUAAAUAGGGCUAUCUUCUGUAUACCCCCCUACCUUGUCACAACACAACACAAUUAAGAAGGAAAGAAAUUCCACAAAUUAACUUUUAACAAGGCACACCUGUUAAUUGAAAUGCAUUCCAGGUGACUACCUCAUGAAGCUGGUUGAGAGAAUGCCAAGAGUGUGCAAAGCUGUCAUCAAGGCAAAGGGUGGCUACUUUGAAGAAUCUGUGUUAUUUCAUAAUUUUGAUGUCUUCACUAUUAUUCUGCAAUGUAGAAAAUAGUAAAAAAUAAAGAAAAACCCUGGAAUGAGUAGGUGUGUCCAAACUUUUGACUGGUACUGUAUGUGUGUGUGUGCGCAUGCAUGCUCACUUGUGUGUGUUUGUGUUCCAGAUGAUCAGCCCGUUGAGUUUCGAGCAGGCUGUGGCAGCCCGUGAUGCCUUGGCCAAAGCGGUGUACGGCCGUACCUUCACCUGGCUGGUGGUGAAGAUCAACCAGUCUCUGGCUUUCAAGGUCUCACACAAGCAUCACUCAUGAUAGCUAGCUAGCAAAACAAUUUGCUUAUUUGCUCGUAGUUACUGCUCCUCUCUUUGCUAGCUACCUAAUGCUGCUUCCUACCUCCAAAACUGAGUGUAUUGUGUGCUGUCUAUCUGCAGGAUGAAGUGUACAACAGCAGUAAAGGCUCAUCAUCAGUCAUAGGACUGCUGGAUAUCUAUGGCUUUGAGGUUUUCCAGCACAAUAGGUACCUGAACACAUUUUUGUUAAUUUACUCAGUGCAUGAAUAUGUGUUUAAUAGCAAUGUGUUGUACAGUAUGUAAUUGCUUUGCUUUGACUCAAUUCAAGAAUCACUCACCGAUCUUAAAUUAGUGGUAAAUGUUGAUAAAACCAAGUUUAUGUUUUUCUCCAGGUCUCGUAAAAUUGAUCCUAAUGACUUGCGUAUCUGUACCUUGAGAGGAGCCCAAAUUGAGUUAGUCCCCCUUUAUAAGUAUCUAGGUAUUUGGAUUGACGAUAAGCUGUCCUUUAAAACACACAUUGAUAAACUGACAAAUUAGUUGCGAGUAAAGAUUGGUUUCCUAUAUAGAAAUAAAUCCUGUCUCACUUUUGAAAAUAGGGGGAAGAUUGUUCAAGCAACCCUCCUCCCAGGAACUGACUAUGGCGACUCAAUCUACAUGCACGCUGCAGCCUCUGUGUUAAAACCUCUAGAUUCAGUCUACCGUGGAAAUAGGGCUAAUGAUGCAUAGGGAAAUUAUCACCAGUGAUAAAACGCAAGGCUGCGUGCCUUGCGUUUUAUCACUGGUGAUAAUUUCCCUACGCAUCAUUAGCCCUAUUUCCACGGGAUUAGGUUUACUGGGGGAGAUACGGUUUUGUAAUGAUGUGCACAAGCACAUAUCACCACAUCUGUAAUUUAAGUCCUGUCUGAAUCUGCUAUGUCUGUCAUUUUUACAUCGCAGAAGAGUAAUAAUUCCAGCCGAAAAAAACUACUGUUUUUCAACUAACUCCAAGGUCCUCUGAUAAUACUAGUCCUGUGCGAAUCGAAAUCCCUGUGUUUUGAGAGAAAUGUCUGAGUUUGACAGGUGUUGCUCACGGUUGGAGCAAGAAAACAAUAAUUGAUUCGAUACAUUUAUGCUUAAAACAAAGUGCUACGCAUAGCCUAUAUAUGAAGGGCCUAUAUGUAUGCAUCAACUUUCACAGUGAAUUAUUUUGUUUAUACGUUUUGUGCCAUUGAAUUGAACAUCGGCAAAUGCGUAAGUAAAAAAAUAUUGUUCCUAUUUAAUGCAACCCUUGCUGUUAAUAGAGCGCAAAGCAGCAUUACAACUGAGCUAAACUUUUGGAUUUAGCAGUUAACUUUCUCAUCCAUAGCCUAAAAACGCAUCUUAAGUGCAAGUGUACGGUUUAGCUCACAUCUGCAGGCUGGGGGGCAUUUAGGACGUCUUCUACUGCGGAUCACUAAAAUAUCCUAAUUUGAUUGUGAUCACAUUUCCUCAAUUCAAAUAUUAUGGCCACACUAUACCAAAGAUGGUAUGGUAUGGUUUAGAAACUUGGGAGCCAAGCACGAGUUAUCAGUGUAGCCUGUUCACCUGGACAUGUUGAUAUACAGUGCCUUCAGAAAGUAUUCAUACCCGUCGAUUUAUUCCACAUUUUGUUGUGUUACAGCCAGAAUUCAAAAUGUAUUAAAUAGAUGUUUCUGUCACCCAUCUACACACAAUACCCCAUAAUGACAAAGUGAAAACAUGGUUUUAGAAAUGCUUUGCACAUUUAUUGAAAAUGAAAUACAGAAAAAUCUAAUUUACAUACACUACCGGUCAAAAGUUUUAGAACACCUACUCAUUCAAGGGUUUUUCUUUAUUUGUACUAUUUUCUACAUUGUAGAAUAAUAGUGAAGACAUCAACACUAUGAAAUAACACAUAUGGAAUCAAGUGUUAAACAAAUCAAAAUAUAUUUUAUAUUUUACAUUCUUCAAAGUAGCCACCCUUUGCCUUGAUGACAGCUUUGCACACUCUUGGCAUUCUCUAAACCAGCUUCAUGAGGAAUGCUUUUCCAACAGUCUUGAAGGAGUUCCCACAUAUGCUGAGCACUUGUUGGCUGCUUUUCCUUCCCUCUGCGGUCCGACUCAUCCCAAACCAUCUCAAUUGGGUUGAGGUCGGGGGAUUUUGGAGGCCAGGUCAUCUGAUGCAGCACUCCAUCACUCUCCUUCUUGGUAAAAUAGCCCUUACACAGCCUGGAGUUGUGUUGGGUCAUUGUCCUGUUGAAAAACAAAUGACAGUCCCACUAAGCCCAAACCAGAUGGAAUGGUGUAUCGCUGCAGAACGCUGUGGUAGCCAUGCUGGUUAAGUGUGCCUUGAAUUCUAAAUAAAUCACAGACAGUGUGACCAGCAAAGCACCCCCACACCAUAACACCUCCUCCUCCAUGCUUUACAGUGGGAAAUACACAUGCAGAGGUCAUCCGUUCACCCACACACUCCAGACCAAAGGACAGAUUUCCACCGGUCUAAUGUCCAUUGCUCGUGUUUCUUGGCCCAAGCAAGUCUCUUCUUCUUAUUGGUGUCCUUUAGUAGUGGUUUCUUUGCAGAAAUUCGACCAUGAAGGACUGAUUCACACAGUCUCCUCUGAACAGUUGAUGUUGAGAUGUGUCUGUUACUUGAACUCUGUGAAGCAUUAAUUUGAGGCGGUCCUCAUGAGAGCCAGUUUCAUCAUAGCGCUUGAUGGUUUUUGUGACUGCACUUGAAGAAACGUUCAAAUUUUCCGGAUUGACUGACCUUCAUGUCUUAAAGUAAUAAUGGACUGUCAUUUCUCUUUGCUUAUUUGAGCUUUUCUUGCCAUAAUAUGGACUUGGUCUUUUACCAAACAGGGAUAUCUUCUCUAUACCAACCCUACCUUGUCACAACACAAUUGAUUGGCUUAAACGCAUUAAGAAGGAAUGAAAUUCCACAAAUUAACAAGGUACACCUGUUAAUUGAAAUUCAUUCCAUGUGACUACCUCAUGAAGCUGGUUGAGAGAAUGCCAAGAGUGUGCAAAGCUGUCAUCAAGACAAAGGGUGGCUAUUUGAAGAAUCUCAAAUAUAAAAUAUAUUUUGAUUUGUUUAACACUUUUUUGGUUACUACAUGAUUCAAAAGGUGUUAUUUCAUAGUUUUGAUGUCUUCACUAUUAUUCUGCAAUGUAGAAAAUAGUAAAAAUAAAAAAAAUACCUUGAUAGAGUAGGUGUGUCCAACCUUUUGACUGGUAUUAUAAAUGUGAUAUUUCAGGUUUUUUAUUUUUUAUAAAUUAGCAAAAUUUUCAAGAAACCUGUUUUUGCUUUGUCAUUAUGGGGUAUUGUGUGUAGAUUGAUGAGGGGAAAAAACAAUUUCAUCAAUUUUAGAAUAAGGCUGUAACGUAACAAAAUGUGGAAAGCACUGUAUAUUUGUUUCUACUGCCCUUUUGAAUGUAACGUAAUUUAUUUGAAGUGUUGUAACUGUAAUUUUGUAGUGAUCAUGCUUAAAUUUGUUGCUCACAUUGCUUGAACUGUUGUUCUCAGGAAUGAGACCCUGGUCUCAGUGGGUUCCCCUGGUUAAAUAAAGGUUAAUAAAUAAAUACAAAACAUAUUGUAGCACAGUUGUUUUGUGCCAUAUUUUUAACCCUAACCAUCUCCCUGUAGUUUUGAGCAGUUCUGCAUCAACUACUGCAAUGAGAAGCUACAGCAGCUGUUCAUUGAGCUCACCCUCAAGUCUGAGCAGGAGGAGUACAAGGCAGAGGGCAUCACAGUGAGUCAGGGAGGGUUGAGGGGUACUCAGAGAAAGAGAGGGGUGUUUUCAUUCAAAUAGACAAAACAAGAAUUAAGGUAUACUAAGAAAAGCAUAUUGUCAAGUAGUGAUGAGGGUGUAGUUCGCUAAUGAUACUGUGUAUUUCAGUGGGAGCCGGUGAAGUACUUCGACAACAAGAAUAUCUGUGACCUGGUAGAGGAAAAGCACAAAGGCUUCAUCUCCAUCCUGGUGAGAAUGACUGGCAUUCACUUCAGUUUAGUAGUUUAUUUGACUCUCUUUAGCCUUUCACCUCUUUCUAGUAUCGCUCGCCCUCUGUCCUCUCCCUGUCUCUAGUUGAAUGUUAAUGUAUAAAUGUGGAAUGUGUUUUAGGAUGAGGAGUGUUUGAGACCAGGAGAGCCCAGCGAUAUCUCCUUCCUCAAGAAGCUUGAGGACACUUUGGGAGGCCAUGCACAUUUUGUCACGUGAGUCUCUUUUACACACACACAUGCACAAAACACAUGGGUGCCUUCACAGUUUGUUUGUGUAUUUGCACCAUAUUCCAAAUAUGUUUUUGUGUGUAUAUUUGUGGCUCUGUAUCUAAUAUAUGAUUUGUCUCUGUAUGUCUGUCAGUCACAAGUUGGCGAAUGGGAAGACUCGCAAGGCGGUGGGCAGAGAGGAGUUCAGACUGAUUCAUUAUGCAGGAGAGGUCAACUACACUGUCAAUGGUGAGCUAGCUAAUCAAUCUGGCAAUAGUAAAACUGCAGAAAAUAAUUAACUGAUUUCAUCCUCACACAUACUUUUUGUAAUAUUUUGUGUUCAUCUGUAUCAAAGGGUUUCUGGACAAGAACAAUGACCUUCUCUACAGAAACCUGAAAGAGGCGAGGCUGGAGCAACAAUGGAGAAAUGAGAACACACAGACCACACACUCACACUCACCACACAACUACUACAGGUUUCCCAUGAUCUCUCUCAGAUCUCCCACACAUGGUUUAUGUGUGUACACAACAGUAGGUAUAGAGUGUGGGGGAUGUUUUGGUGUGUUGUGUUUACAUGGUUCUGUGGUGUGCUUUCUCUGUCCAGGUCAUAUGCCAGUCAGAUAACCAGGUCCUGAGUCAGUGCUUCCACAGAGAGGAAGUGACUGACCAAAAACGCCCAGAAACAGUGAGAUACGCACGCACACACACAUAGACGCAAGCACGCACACACACACACACAGUUUGAUAUCUCACCACUCUGCUUCCCUCUGUAGGCUGCCACUCAGUUUAAGAACAGCCUGGCCAAACUGAUAGAGAUCCUGAUGUCCAAGGAGCCAUCCUAUGUGCGCUGUAUCAAACCCAACGAUGCCAAGCAGUCAGGUAAUCAUACACCCUGUGAAGUCAAUCAGUCAAUUUAUCAAUCAAUCAGUCAAUUCAAUAUUCUCACUCUCCCCAGGGAGGUUUGAUGAGGCUCUGGUCAGACACCAGGUCAAGUAUCUGGGUCUGAUGGAGAACCUGAGGGUCAGGAGAGCUGGGUUUGCCUACCGCCGAUGCUACGAAGCCUUCCUACAGAGGUCAGUGUGUGUGUGUGUGUGUGUGUGUGUCUAUAUUAUGUCACUCUGUUUACAUGUUUCUAUAACCACAGUUUCUAUAUUAACUAUAUACAUUUCUGUAACCAAAGGUACAAGUCUCUGUGUCCCGGGACGUGGCCUAACUGGGAGGGCAGACUGGCUGAUGGAGUAACCACACUGGUCCAACACCUGGGCUACAAACCAGAGGAAUACAAACUGGGCAAGUAGGUACACACAGAGAGAGAAGGAAGGGGACAUACAUUUCCCUUAGUCAUGUUGUGAGGAGAAACACGAGACAGUAUGUCGUUGAUGUAUAAUUCCAUAUCUCUUUGAAGGACCAAGAUCUUCAUCCGCUACCCUAAGACUCUGUUCAGCACUGAAGAUGCCCUGGAGGCCAGGAGGCCUGCCCUUGGUGAGACUAUACAGCAGGGAGGAGGAUGACAAGGCCAUUUGGGGGAAAUUAAUGUAAUUAGCUAGGAGAAUAACACAGAUCAUGAUAAACAGAAGAGUAGCAGUAGCAGUGGAAAACAGGGAACUGCCCACUUGGUCAACUAAGCAGCAGCAUGAGGAUGGAUAAUACAGUAAGCUAAUGUAAUUAUACUGAACAAAAAUAUAAACACAAGCUGCAACAUGUUCAAAGAUUUUACUGAGUUACAGUUCAAGGAAAUUAGUCAAUUCAAAUAAAUUCAUUAGGCCCUAAUCUAUGGAUUUCACAUGACUGGGCAGGGGUGCAGCCAUGGGUGGGACUUGGAGGGCAUAGGCCCACCCACAUAGGGAGCCAGGCCCAGCCAAUCAGAAUGAGUUUUUCCCCACAAAAUGGCUUCAUUACAGACAUAAAUAUUCCUCAGCUGUCUUGGUUACACGUGGUCUGCGGUUGUGAGGCCGGUUGGAAGCCGCUUAUGGUAGAGAAAUGAACAUUCAGUUCUCUGGCAACAGCUCUGGUGGACAUUCCUGCAGUCAGCAUGCCAAUUACGCGCUCUCUCAAAACUUGAGACAUCUGUGGCAUUGUGUUAUGUGAGAAAACUGCACUUUUUAAAGUGGCCUUUUCUUGUCCGCAGUACACUACCGAUCAAAAGUUUUAGAACACCUACUCAUUCAAGGGUUCUUCUUUAUUUUUACUAUUUUCUACAUUGUAGAAUAAUAUUGAAGACAUCAAAACUAUGAAAUAACACAUAUGGAAUCAUGUAGUAACCAAAAAAGUGUUAAACAAAUCAAAAUAUAUUUUAUAUUUGAGAUUCUUCAAAUAGCCACCCUUUGCCUUGAUGACAGCUUUGCACACUCUUGGCAUUCUCUCAACCAGCUUCACCUGGAAUGCUUUUCCAACAGUCUUGAAGGAGUUCCCACAUAUGCUGAGCACUUGUUGGCUGCUUUUCCUUCACUCUGCGGUCCGACUCAUCCCAAACCAUCUCAAUUUGGUUGAGGUCGGGGGAUUGUGGAGGCCAGGUCAUCUGAUGUAGCACUCCAUCACUCUCCUUCUUGGUAAAAUAGCCCUUACACAGCCUGGAGAUGUGUUGGGUCAUUGUCCUUUUGAAAAACAAAUGAUAGUCCCACUAAGCCCAAAUUAGAUGGGAUGGUGUAUCGCUGCAGAAUGCUGUGGUAGCCAUGCUGGUUAAGUGUGCCUUGAAUUCUAAAUAAAUCACAGACAGUGUCACCAGCAAAGCACCCCCACACCGUAACACCUCCUCCUCCAUGCGUUAUGGUGGGAACUACACAUGCGGAGAUCAUUCGUUCACACACACCGCGUCUCACAAAGACACGGCCGUUGGAACCAGAAAUCUCCAAUUUGGACUCCAGACCAAAGGACAUAUUUCCACCGGUCUAAUGUCCAUUGCUCGUGUUUCUUGGCCCAAGCAAGUCUUUUCUUCUUAUUGGUGUCCUUUAGUAGUGGUUUCUUUGCAGCAAUUCGGCCAUGAAGGCCUGAUUCACACAGUCUCCUCUGAACAGUUGAUGUUGAGAUGUGUCUGUUACUUGAACUCUGUGAAGCAUUUAUUUGGGCUGCAAUUUCUGAGGCUGGUAACUCUAAUGAACAUAUCCUCUGCAGCAGAGGUAACUCUGGGUCUUCCAUUCCAGUGGCGGUCCUCAUGAGAGCCAGUUUCAUCAUAGCGCUUGAUGGUUUUUGUGACUGCACUUUCAAAGUUCUUGAAAUCUUCCGGAUUGACUGACCUUCAUGUCUUAAAGUAAUGAUGGACUGUCGUUUCUCUUUGCUUAUUUGAGCUGUUCUUGCCAUAAUAUGGACUUGGUCUUUUACCAAAUAGGGCUAUCUUCUGCAUACCACCCCUACCUUGUCACAACACAACUGAUUGGCUCAAACGCAUUAAGAGGGAAAGAAAUUCCACAAAUUAACUUUUAAGAAGGCACACCUGUUAAUUGAAAUGCAUUCCAGGUGACUACCUCAUGAAGCUGGUUGAGAGAAUGCCAAGAGUGUGCAAAGCUGUCAUCAAGGCAAAGGGUGGCUAUUUGAAGAAUCUCAAAUAUAAAAUAUAUUUUGAUUUGUUUAACACUUUUUUGGUUACUACAUGAUUCCAUAUGUGUUAUUUCAUAGUUUUGAUGUCUUCACUAUUAUUCUACAAUGUAGAAAAUAGUAAAAAUAAAGAAAAACCCUUGAAUGAGUAGGUGUUCUAAAACUUUUGACCGGUAGUGUACAAGGUGCACCUGUGUAAUGAUCAUGCUGUUUAAUCAGCUUUUUGAUAUGCCCACCUUUCAGGUGGAAUGGAUUAUCUUGGCAAAGGGGAAAUGCUCACUAACAUGGAUGUAAACAAAUGGUGCAGGAAAGUUGAGAGAAAUACGUUUUUUGUGUGUAUGGAAAAUGUCUGGGAUUUUAUAUUUGAAUGAAACAUGGGACCAACACUUUACAUGUUGCAUUUAUAUUUUUUUCAGUGUAGGAUCAAAUUAAACAUGUCUGUUCUGUGGUCCAACCAUUUUGUCUCCUCUUUUCCUGUGCUCUGCUCUAGUUCUCACCCUACAGACCUCAUGGAGGGGUUACAGAGAGAGGGCCAAGUACCACCGCAUCAGACAGGCAGGUGAGGGCCUGGAUCUGCUUCUCAAUUACUGCUUCCUCAAGCAGUUACACUGCAGCCACUUUCUUGAUAUCUGCAGAAUCUAUGAAUGAAGUAAUGCCGAGGAUAUGACUUUGUUGUUUGUUCUUAUGAGCUCUGCACAGUUGUUGCUUGUUGUGGUGUGUCUGUGACAUGACUGAUUGCAUCCUCUCUCUCUCGCACGCGCUCUAUCUAUCUAUCUAUCUAUCUAUCUAUCUAUCUAUCUAUCUAUCUAUCUAUCUAUCUAUCUAUCUAUCUAUCUAUCUAUCUAUCUAUCUAUCUAUCUAUCUAUCUAUCUAUCUAUCUAUCUAUCUAUCUAUCUAUCUAUCUAUCUAUCUAUCUAUCUAUCUAUCUAUCUAUCUAUCUAUCUAUCUAUCUAUCUAUCUAUCUAUCUAUCUAUCUAUCUAUCUAUCUAUCUAAUCUAUCUAAUCUAUCUAAUCAGUUCUAGUGAUCCAGUCUGCGUGGAGAGGGAUGAAAUCCCGCCAGAGGACCAGGCGUCGCAGACACGCUGUGGACAUCAUACGCAAGUUCAUCAAAGGCUUCAUCUACCGCCACUACGAGCGCUGUCCAGAAAACGAGUACUUCCUGGACCAUCAGCGUUUCUCCUUCCUGAUGACGCUGGUUAGGAACCCGCCUAAGAGUGUCCUGGACAAGAGCUGGCCCAUCCCCCCACCUAGCCUCACUGAGGUACUACAACCAGCCCAACAACACUCCACACAAAACUCACUGAGGGACAUUAAGCGUAAGCCAAGGGGUGACGGUGCAAUGCAUCUGACUGUUGUACCUUCAAUGUUUUAUUUGUAUCUGUCCCUAUGUCUGUGUAGGCAUCAGAGCACCUGUGCAUGCUGUGUAUGCAGAACAUGAUGUGGGCCUACUGCAGGAGGAUCCAGCCGGAGUGGAAGAAACAGGUAGGCUACUCUACUGUCUGUUACUGUCACUCACCUGACGGGAGCACAUAGAAAGGAUAUUUCUGUCCUAUUUCUAUCCGUUUUUUAAAUCUCACACACUCUCUCUCUGUCUCUCUCUGUCUCUCUCUCUCUCUGUGUCUCUCUCUCUCUCUCUCUGUGUCUCUGUCUCGGUCUCCUUUUCUACAUUCUUUCUCCCUCUCACUCUCUCCAACCUCACUCUACAGGCAUUUCUUCUGUCCUCUCUCUAUAGAUGGAGCAGAAGGUGUUAGCCAGUCAGAUAUUCAAGCACCAGAAGGACAGCUAUCCCCAGAGUGUCCCUAAGCUGUUUGUGGCCUCCAGACUAAGUAGGGUCCACUCACUAACACAGUGUGCACACACUUCGAAACUUCACAAACCACAUACUUGACAAACACACCACUGACAGAUGUUCUCUCCUUUAUACAGACAGUGAGGAGUUCAAAGUGAUACCGACUCUGGGCAAUGACAAAGUGAAGGUGAGUAAUAUGAUAUUGUAAUACUAUCCCCCUGUAGUGUUUGUGUCAGUUUGGACUGGAGUCUACCACGACCCCUGUCUCACCUCUGUCACUCUGCAGUUGUUGGCUGAGUAGUUUAAUCCUGCUAAUUGGCUGUUUCCUGUGUACAGCAUCUUUACAAUGUCAUGUAUUGCUUUGAAUCAAUAUUGAUACAGUUAUACUUUGACAACUUUGGGUUUUUAUGACAACCCCUCCCUCUUUCUGUCUCUCCCUCUCGCUCUGUCAUUCUCUCUCUUUCUCUCUCCAUCCCCCUCUACUUCUAUCUGUCUGUGUCAGUAUGGAGUUACAGUGACUAAGUAUGAUAGGAGGGGUUACAAGGCGCGGCCUCGCCAGCUGCUCCUCACCUCCUCCUUCGCCAUGCUGGUGUCCGAAGCCAAGCUGAAGCAGAGGAUCGACUACGCAGCCCUGAGGAGUGAGUCUGCUGGGGGCCAUAGGGGAUUGAGGGGCUGGGGGUGGUGGGCCAGGGGGGGUGUAACCUUGGUUAUGAGGUAGUUGUAGUGUAUGUGUCCAGUGUAUAACAGGGUUCUUCUCUUUCCAGGCAUCUCUGUGAGUUCUCUCAGUGAUGGUUUCAUGGUUCUGCACGUGGCCAGUGAGGACAACAAGCAGAAGGUAACAGGAUGACCUCAUCCUGGUCAUUUUAUCUAGCGGUUGUCAUGGCGACAUACUAUCAUGGUGCCGUAAAGUACAGUACCUAACCUCUGACCCCUUGUCUGCCCUGUAGAGUGAUGUGGUGCUCCAGUGUGAUCAUGUGAUCGAGGUGGUGACCAAGCUGGCCACUAUGGCGGACAAGAAGAACAAGGUCAACAUGAGCCAGGACAGGUGAGUUUGGCGCCUCUGAUCAUCUGGACACUGGAUAGCUUCAUGACAUUUUUCUGAGUAUCUUUGAGAGCCUGCUGACAUUUGUCAACCCUUUCCAACUGUCAUGCACUGUUAGUGAUCAUGACACUUUUCUAUUUUAUCCCUCUUCUCUCUCAUCCCCUCUCACCCCCCACCCCUUCCCUCUUUUCCUACUCACCUCCCUCUGGUCUUCUCCUCCUGUCUGUUCCUGUGUGCAGUAUUACAUUUGCGGUGGCUCGGGGGAAGGAGGGGGUCAUUGACUUCACCAGUGGACCAGAGCUGAAGGUGGCCAAAGGCAAGAAAGGACACCUGCUAGUGGUGAGUCAGGGGACGGGAGAGACCUAUUAUUAUGAGGACAGCAGGGCUGAGGAAGGGAGGAUGAGAAAGGGGGGUAGAGGAGAAGAGAGGACUUGUAGAUGGAGCAUGAGGAGGACUGGGAUUGUAAAGUGGAAAGCAGUGGAGUUUAAAGAUAGCUACCUCUUUCAUCUCUAUAUUUUCACUGGAGGUUUUGACCAAUAAUCCACAUUAGGCAAUAACAAUGACGCCAUUUGUGAAUUGACUUGUUUUGCAGACGGCUCCUAAACUCAACCCAUGA